GUGGUUACCUGUGCCUGCCCAGACAGAAAGGGGCCCCUCAGCUGCGGGUGCAAAACUGUCACCUUGGACUUGAGGCUCGGCAGUGGCAUCAAACAGGGGCGUGGAGGGAAAGGAAAGAGGGUCAAAGGUGGCAACCCUUUGGUAGCUGCCCUCACGUGGGAGGGAGUGAAGAUCCUGGCCAGGUGUGAUGGAAAUCAGAUUACAGAAGUAAGAGGGAAAUGCCCAACUCUGGGAAGUGAGGGGCCUCAGCUUCCAGUCAACUCAACAAACAUUCAUUAAAUGCCUGAUAAUGCAAUUCAUUAAGCCCCAAAGGGCACUGUGCUGGUCUCUGGGAGGAUGCUCUGCAGUGGUCUGAAGCUUGAUGCCUCAGCACAAUGCCAUCCACCAACGGGAGCACCCGAAGGACCUCACCAUUUAAAGAUCAUUCCUCUUCCAUUUAGACUUUGUACUGGACAUCCUCCAUGACAUCGGCAAACAUCUUUGGGUUAGACCACCAGAUGUUGGGGGUUAGAAACCUCAGCGACCACCAAGGCCCUGGUGGCCAGAUGCCCAACGAGUAGCUCCUGUUGGCCAGAAGACCUUUGCAGAGUCCUGUGCUCCUUGAGACAUGGCUACACAUGAUGACUUCAGCACAGCCAAAUUCCGGAUUCCUGUAGCAAUAUAUUGUGGCAGCAUCCCUCGAUCCAGUGCCAGCUCUGGGUUCCGCACCUUCCAUGGUCGCAAUAGAAACAUCAACUCAAGCCUGCAGGACCAUGCAGGCCAACGGACAGGAGAGGAUGAGGCCUCCCCCCAGUCCCUGCUGAAAGUCCAGAUGGAGAAGCAGGGCCCUGUAUGGGGCAGAAAUGGAGACCUGACCAGCCUCAAGGCCUCAAAGGCUUGGCAGUCCAGGAACGGCUAUGUGAAGAAUGUGGAGGCGGUCUCUUCAGGGCCCCACCCUCUCCUGCCCGCCACCGUCCGGGAGAUGGAGGCCAACAGUGCAGCCUUAGAGACCACCCAAAUCAAGGACAAGCUAAAGAAGAGGAGACUCUCUGAGGGGCUGUCUGCUUCUCCCCGAGCUUCCUUGGAUGCUGGAGGAGUUACUAAGGGUGCUUCCCUGAAGAGUGCCAUCCCCCUAGCCACCUCUCAGAGAUUACUGGUGGCUUCCAGGCCAAUGCCUCCCAUCCAGAGCAUUCCCACCACCCCAGAGAUCAAAGGGUCCUUGGAGAAUGGCUCAGGUCCACAAGGGAGUAGCAAGGGCCAGCUAAGGGCAACUCCAGCUGCACAAGAGGUGCAGAUAUCCCUUCAGUACCUGCAUUAGGAUGAGAAGAUGAAGCAGUCUCUGGGAGGCACCCUGAUCCCUCCCAUCUUGAAGGCCGGGCAGCUAGCAGACACCAAGUCAGUAACAUUGCCAGCUAUUGUUAGCAAUCCUAGUCCUGUGCCCCCAGGCCAAGAUGUCUUCACUCUCCAGGAGGUCCCUGGAAUAGGAUUGGUACAGGAGAACAGUCCCCAGAAGAGGACCCCCAAGUCUAGGGAACUCGUUUCUUCAUGUGGAUGGAAAACAGAAAGCACAUGCCUGCUACAGGUAUUCCACGUACUUGUCUUCCCCUCCCUUUGGGUGGAAGCUGCUCGAGGGCAGGGUCUGAGUUUGUGGCGAGUCAAUCAGAAGUGUUUGACGGAAGGAACAAGUUCUGAGAGCUUUAGGAAUAAUAGCUGGGCUAGUCCCAUGGCCUGGAGAGUUGGUUUCAGCAAAUAUGCUGGCUGUCUUAAUGCCAUCAAGAAUGUGCUUAACUCUUCAGAGGCAAGGCCUACAGUCCCUCCUGUCCGAGCCACGCCAGCUGGUGGCACAAAGUCUGCUGUCCAUUCGUCCCACACUGCAUCUCCAUUGAUGACACCCUCCUUCAGCCAUGCCAACAAAGACAAACAGCUGAAGAGCCAACAAUUGCUGAAAGAAGUGGGCCGGCCAGAAAGCAGCCCCAGGAUCCCGGUGACCAUUGCCAAGUCAGCCCAAGAGAAGAUGCGUCUGAAGCAAAUGAAAGAAAUGGAGUUAUUCCAGCGGGUCAGGGAGAGAGAAGAGAGGCAGCAGGAGAGAGACUUGCUGUCCCAGAGUCUGACCUCCAGGAGCAUGAUCAAGGAAGGGCUCAUUCCUCUCCACGGUAGUGGAUCCCUGUCUGUUUCCGCCAAGUUCGGAAGCCCAUGCAGAACCAGCCUCGGCAUUAUCUUAAAGAAACGAGCCAACCGUUCCUCGCUGCCCAGUAUCCCCGUCGUCCACCAGGGACCCCGAUUCACCCGCCACGCGUCAGCCAAUUCCUUGCCUGCAGUGUUCACAGUGGGCUCUCCAGAAUGGGAGGAAGAAGAUCGGAUAGACAACUCCAAAGAGCCAAGGCCUGUCUCAAAUCCAGAGCUAGUACUGAUGAAUGCCUUCCAAUGGCUUGAAAGCAAUGACUGGCAGAUGAAACAGAAAGGUCUGUUGAGCAUCAGACGCCUGGCCAUCUGUCACUCUGAGGUCCUUGCAGAGAGACUGCAUGACGUUUCCUUGGCAGUGAUGAGGGAGGUUACCAAUCUCCGUUCCAAGGUGUCCCGCCUGGCCAUCAGCACACUGGGAGACCUGUUUUGUACCAUGAAGAAGAACAUGGACCCAGAAGCGGAGGAAGUCGCCCGAUGUUUGCUCCAGAAGAUGGGGGACACCAGCGAAUUUAUCCAAACAGCUGCUGACCGGUCCCUGGGAGCCAUGGUGGAAAAUGUGACUCCUUCCAGAUCCCUGGCAGCUCUCACAACGGGGGGUGUACACCACAGAAACCCACUAGUCCGAAAAUGCACCGCUGAGCACCUAUGCAAUGUCGUAGAGCAGAUCGGGGCUGAGAAACUACUGUCAGGGACGAGGGACAGUACUGACACGCUGAUUCGAAUCCUGGUAAAGCUUGCCCAGGACUCCAAUAAAGAAACAAGGCUUUAUGGUCGAAAAAUGAUAAACAGCUUGAUGUCAAGCUCGAGGUUUGAUGCAUUCCUGAAACAGUCCCUCCCGUCUCAUGACCUGUGUAGUGUGAUGGCAACCAUCAAACAAAAGGGAGUGGAAGAAAGCAUAGAGCCUCCACCUAUCAGGGGCCGCAAGAUAUUGAAGACCAUAACAAUCUCUGAGGAAGUCCGGCCUAGUGAACAAGGGUGCAGCUCAGAGAAUGAACCGGCGAUGAUCCAGCGAGCCAGCACUCGUCACACAGAAAUGGCUGAGCAGCUGAAGGAGCUGAACUCCCUGCUGCAGUCCAAGGAGUACCGGGCCCGAAUGGAAGGCAUCACACUCCUCCUCGUCCGCUGCAAGAACAGCCAGCAUUUCAUCACUACCAACCUGACACAGAUCUUCGAUGCAUUCAUCCCAAGGCUCCAGGAUCCCAACAAAAAAGUGAACCAGUGUGCCCUAGAGAUCUUCACAGAAAUGAUCCCUCACCUCAAAGAUAACUUACAUCCGGUCCUGGUCUCUGUGGUCACUGCGGUCUCAGAUAACCUCAACUCCAAGAGUUCUCCCAUUUACGGAGCUGCCGUGAUGGCUCUGGAUGCCAUGAUUGAGAACAUAGACAACUUUUCCCUGCUGCAAGCAUUUGCUGGUCGACUUUGUUUCUUGAGUGGCCGAGCAAUGUGUGACAUCACACAGCGCCUAUCAGUGCUUGUGACUUCAGUCUACUCUUGCAAGCCUCAGGGUGUGGAAAGACACGUCCUCCCUGUUCUCUGGUACUUCCUGAACAACAUGAUUGGGAAUGGUGUCCUGCCAGGACAUAGUGGCAACGUCCGCAGCGUGGUGUGUCUGCUGACCAAGAGCCUCUAUGAGCAAAUGGGGACCCGACUGCAGGACUGUGCUGCUGGACAGCCAAAGCAAGUCAGCAAGAUGCUUCAGGAAAUCUUGGACUCGGACUUUCAGUGAGGCGGAGCAGGGACAGAGGUUGGGGUCCGGGGGAGGAGCCAAAGGGGUGCUGCCCCCCACUUUGAGACCAUUGGCAGCUCAAGAACUUUCAGCUGGAUAAAAUAUGGAUCUGAGAUGGGCAAUUAUUUUUUUUAACUCUUAUUUUUUUUCAGAUAGAAGAAUCUGCUGGUAGAGUAGACCUAUAGAGUUUCAGAUGUAUAUAGUUUACUUUGAGGUAGAAUUAAAAAAAAGCACCUAUUUUUCUAAGGUUUUAUUUUCUUGCACUCUUUUAUCCCCAGGAAAGUUUACACAGGUAUUUUUGU